AUGACGUCAACCCGAAGCAUCCCGCCAGCAGCAACCCCAGCAGCAACCCCAGCAGCAGCAGCAGCAGCAGCAGCAGCAGCAGCAGCAGCAGAGGGGCGUGUGCUUGCGGUGCAGUCGCACGUAGUACGAGGGCAUGUGGGUGCUGAUGCCUUCGUCUUCCCGCUGCAGCGGCUGGGGCUUGACGUGGGGUGUAUAUACACCUGCCAGUUUGUAGAUUUGUUUGUGCAUGAGGGCCCCCCGCUGCAGCUGCAGCAUUUGCAGCAGUUGCUGCAGCACCUGAAACCCGACAGUUUCCUCCCUCGUCCUCUUCCUUCUGCUGCUGCUCCUGCAGCAGCAGCAGCAACAGCAGCAGCAGCAGCAGUGGAGCCACCGUUUCGGUACAUUGCUUCUGGCUUCGUAGGAAACGGAGAGCUGCUGCAUGCGCUAGCUGACUGGCUGGGGCCCCUCAGGGGGGCCCUGGGGGCCCCCGCUGCUCCUCUGUACCUAUGCGACCCCGUGAUGGGGGACUGCGGCCAGCUGUACGUACACCCCAGCUGUGUGCAGGUGUACAGCAGCAAGCUGCUGCCGCUAGCAGACAUCAUCACCCCCAACCAGUACGAAGCGGGCUGGAUACUGGGGCACCUGCAGCAGCAGCAGCAGCAGCAGCAACAGCAGCAGCAGCAGCAGAAGGAGAAGGAGCAGCAGCAGGAAGAGAAACUAGGGUGGAGAGAGAGCUGCUGCCCCUGUGUAGAGAUGAAGACUUGGGGGGAUGUUCUUGCUGCUGUUGCUGCGCUGCAUGAUGCGGGGCCAGAGGUUGUGCUGCUGACGUCCGUGCAGUUUGCUGCUGCUGCUGCAGCAGAAGAAGCUCACAACGUCCUUGCUGCAGCAGACCCCACAUAUCACCAGCAGCAGCAGCAGCAGCAGCAGCAGGCAGCAGCAGCAGCAGCAGCAGCAGGUUAA